GUCUAAUCAUGCAUGCCUAAACAACGGCCAGCCAACAACACCCCACCCACUGCAGCCGACAGCAAGGUAUCCAUUCGAAAGUGAAAGUAACUGUCUGGGAUUCGGAGAAAUCAGCGCUGUUUCUUCAGCAGCUGUUCUGUGACUAUAUAUAGACUAUAGGAAAUACAACCAGCUUCACUCAAGCACCUCAUAGCCUACCGAGAGCAGCGACGUGGCUGGUGUCCCAUCUUGUCAAGGCUAAGGAGAGCGUGUCUCACUGCCGGUAAGUCAUUUUUCACACCUGGAAAAGACCGGAUACUAACGUAUUAGGCUAUCAUUCAUGCAAGUAUGACAUUUAGGGAUGCUGUAGUCUUCUACAUUGUUUUGUGUUUGUUUUUUUGACGCGGUUGUAAUGAUGUGUAAGCGUCGACAUUAUCAGGUUUACAGUUUUCUGCACAUUCCUUCCCUUGUAUUCAACUUGGCCUAAGGUGAGUCGACUUCUCAUAUAGGGUAAGACACUCACAACCACACACACACACACACACACACACACACACACACACACACACACACACACACACACACACAAAACCUCACAAAUACACAAACAGGAGACUGGUGCCCCAGCUCCAGACAAAAAGCCAGAGAAGACAAUAAAAUAAACAAAACAAAAUUAACCAAAACAACAAAAAUCAAAUCAAAUAAUCAGCAGUCCAAAGUAGAAUGGGCAGUAAACCGGAAAUAGCACAAUCUCUACGGCGACAAAACAGCAACCCCCCGUGGCUGCAUUACAAUCCCCGGCAUAAACCCACGUGUCGGUCACAUCACACUAAGACCACACACUUUCACUGACUGCGGUCAAACCCACACAAGCCAGCCCCCCGGCCACUCCAAACCCAACGAUUUAGUAACAGCCAAGCAGGUCUACAAUAGGGCCCAAGUGAUGAGGCGAAACGCCAAUUCACGAAAAAGUGGUACCACAAGCGCAGAUACAGUGGCUAAACGCGCUGAAGUGAAAGUAAAUCACAGCAGAGUGCAGUUCCAACAUAGACGUGACUAAAAGCACCAAACCUCCCGGAUAAUGUUCCCAGCCAGCGUUUUUACUCCCAGCAGGACGGAAAAAGACACCAACGUCACCUCCCAGAGCCAAAUUUAUCAACGUAAAAGUCCCCGGUACUCACGGCUCAACCAACCACAAAAAGGAGGAAGUAAUUAAUCAGCGCCAGACUGGAGAGCAUUACCCAAUCUGUCACACUUUGAUGACACAAUACAUCAGUCAGCUUUACAGCCAUGCAUUUUUGUUUGCCGAUUAUUUUUAACAGAACAUAAUAGAAUGGGAUGGAAAAGAAUAGGAUAGAUAAGAAUCAAUCUAUCCUUGCAAUGGGGGCACGAGGUGUAUCGAUUCAAAUAUCCCACAAAUAUCUCUUUCUCUCUCUUUCUCUCUCUCUCACACACACACACACACACACACACACACACACACACACACACACACACACACACACACACACACAAUGCUUGGCUUGUAUUCUCUGUACUCCUAUUUGUGUUGUAUGCUACUGUUCAUGGCUUCGAUUGCAAGUCGCUUUGGGUUCAAAAAGGCGUCUGCCAAAUGCAUUGCAAUGCAAUGUGAUGUAGCCUAAUCUCUCAUACUGUCUAAUCAUGCGUGCCUAAACAACGGCCAGCCAACAACACCCCACCCACUGCAGCCGACAGCAAGGUAUCCAUUCGAAAGUAACUGUCUGGGAUUCCGUGAAAUCAGCGCUGUUUCUUCAGCAGCAGUUCUGUGACAAUAUAUAGACUAUAGGAAAUACAACCAGCUUCACUCAAGCACCUCAUAGCCUACCGAGAGCAGCGACGUGGCUGCUGUCCCAUCUUGUCAAGGCUAAGGAGAGCGUGUCUCACUGCCGUUCUCUACAGGUGAAUGGAACAGAGAGAGAGAGAGAGAGAGAGAGAAGCCUACGGGCGUGCGUGUGAGAGAUCAACAUACUGCAGUAAGAGCCUGAAGAAGCAGAUCGCGAAACGCGUUGCUCAAAAAUAAAAAUCAAGAAGUAUGAAGUAUAUUUUAUACAUCUUGCGAAAGAUGGUAUCAAUGCAAGUGCCAGUGUGUCUGGUGGACAAUGGGCCAGAUGGGAAAAUGGCUGUCCAGCAGGGGGCGCUGCAGAUCCUGGAGCAGAUCCAGCAGCCAGUGGUGGUGGUGGCCGUGGUGGGGCUCUACCGCACGGGGAAGUCCUACCUCAUGAACCGCCUGGCCGGACAACAGACAGGCUUUGCCCUGGGCAGCACCAUCGAGUCCAAAACCAAAGGAAUAUGGAUGUGGUGUGUACCUCACCCAAAAAAGAAAGGACACACUCUGGUGCUGCUGGACACUGAGGGACUGGGGGACGUGGACAAGGGCGACUCCAAGCACGACACCCAGAUCUUCUCUCUGGCUGUUCUGCUGAGCAGCACUCUGGUCUACAACAGCAGAGGCACCAUCGACAACAGAGCAGUGGAGGAACUGCAGUACGUCACAGAACUGGCUGAACACAUCAAAGUGAAGUCAUCUGAUGAAGAGGGAGAAGACUCUGAGUUUGUCAAGUUUUUCCCCACGUUCAUCUGGGCUGUGAGAGACUUCACUCUGGAGAGAAAGAUCGAUGGGAAAGAUGCGACGGAGGAUGAAUACCUAGACUUUGCCCUGCAGCUGAAACCUGGUAACGGUAAAAAAGUGAACGAUUACAAUCUUCCUCGAGAGUGCAUCCGGAAGUACUUCCCAUCCCGUAAGUGCUUCAACUUCCCAUUCCCAACCAAACCGGGAAGUGUGAACCGCAUGGAGUCCCUGUCACUGUCCGAGCUGGACUCGGAGUUUCUGGAGGUCACCCAGCGCUUCUGCACUUUCAUAUUUGAGCACAGCCCAGCCAAGCUACUCAAGGAUGGACACUCCGUAGACGGCAGAGUCUUUGGCCACCUGGUGAGGUUGUACGUGGACACCAUGGUGAAGGGGGGCGUUCCCUGUCUGGAGAACGCUGUGCUUGCCAUGGCGCAGAUCGAGAACGAGGCGGCGGUGCGCGAGGGCCGGCAGGUGUACGAGGACGGCAUGGGCAAACUGAAGAGCCGCUUCCCCGUCCUGCUGGGCGAUCUCACCGAGGAGCACCAGUGUCUAAACCGCCUUGCCAUUGAAGCCUUCAUGAAGCGCUCCUUCAAAGACGACGACGGCGCGUUCAUGGGCUCACUGGAGGAGUCCAUCAACUGUAUAUUCACUAGCUUCAUGCAACAGAAUGAGCAGGCAUCAGUGCAUAUGUGUGGGGAGAUCCUGGCUGGUCUGUCUGAGGGACUCUGGAGCAAACUGGAACAGGGAGUCUACACCACCGUGGGGGGCUACCAGCUCUUUAGCCAGGACCUGAAGAAAGUCGUCACGAAGUACAAGCAACAGACCCAAGGAGCUGUCAAGGCUGAGGAGGUGCUGCAGGGCUUCAUGAAACAGAGGAAGGAGGAGUCUGCUGCCAUCCUGCAGGCCGACGAGAGCCUGAGCAAGAAGGAGAAGGAGCUCUGCGAGGGGCGCGAGCGUCAGGUACUGAUGCAGCAGGAAGUCCGUGCUGCUCAGGAGAAACAGCGCCACCUGGAGGAGAAGAUGGAGGCUGAGAGGAAGAGUGGAGAGGAGCGCAUGAGGCAGCUGAAGAUCAAGAUGGAGGAGGACAUGACGAACCAGCAGGAGGAGAACCAGCGCGCCAUGGACGCCAGACUACGAGAGCAGGCUCAGCUGCUGGAGAAGGGGUUCCAGGACAAGGCGGACAAGAUGAGCCGGGAGAUGGAGGAGAGCAGGAGGCGGGCGGAGGAGGCUGGUGCUGCUCGCGAUAAGGAGUUCGCCGCGAUGAUGGAGUCCAUGCAGCAGAAAUACGAACAGUCCAUAAAAAUGAUGCAAGAGCAGCUGGAUCUGACCAGGAAGACGGCAGCCAAUAGCAGAGGGGGAGAUGGCUGCUGCAUCCUCUAAUGUCAACCCCUAGUGUUCACUGUGUGUGUGUGUGUGUGUGUGUGUUUGUGUGUGUCUGCACGCACGCAUGCACCUGUAAUUUGGACAUAUAUGUCUAUGGGGCCACAAAUGCCGCAACCAAAAUGGAAAAGAGGUGGGGGGUGCACACUGUAAUAGUACCCUUUAUAGUAUAUAUAACAUACUAUGGGACUUCAGUUAAUACCUUUUACUUUAAUUACUUGAAUAUAAAAAAAAAACAUUGUUUAAACUUGGAGAUUGUAAAGGUUUUUGGUUUUCUGGUUUGCAUGUUGAGAUCCUGUUUACAGUAUAUACACACAAACACACACAAUAAAUAUAUAAAUGAAAACCCAUCAGUAGUUUUGAGCUAAAAUACAUUUUGUCUUUAAUAUUCCUCGAGUCAUCAAAUUCUUGUAAAUACAUGAAGGAAUGAAGGAAGUUAAACCAAGGAAAUGCCAUCUAUUCCUCAAUUUGCUUAGUUUAGGAGGCCUUUGGUUACAAUAUGCAACCCUCAAUCAAUAAUCACUUUAUCACAACCGCAGAAGACCCACACACCUCACCUCAACUUCUCCAUAGAUCUCGAGGGAGCCAUUUUCUUUCUGUUCCCAUGCUAGUUCAUUGCUCCAACAGACACAUAAACAACAUACUCAUUCCGGUUUAUCUGAGAUGAGUACAGCACAUUGACAUCAUUGUGAGCCAAAGUCAACUAACAAGGUAGGCCUGCCCCUUUUAUUAUUAUUACAUUACACUUUGGUUACGCCUUUUAUCCAAAGUGACUUAGAGUAGUUAUUACAGGGUAUUGGUUACAAACAAACACUAGAGCAGUGUGGGGUUGUGUGCCUUGCUCAAGGACACUUCAGCCAUGGUAAGGGUGGGAUUUGAACCAGCAACCCUCCAAUGUAAAGACCCAUUCCCUAACCAGGAGGCCACGGCUUCCAAACUGCCUGGUAUUGCCCAAUGCUGCGGUGGCGUUGAGUUGCAGUGGUAAAAACCCAAAGGAAACUGAAGGUUGCACUCAGUAAAAACUGAAAAGAUGAGAUACCCGUACAACAAGUCUUUGAUGAGAAAGAUGAGAUACCAGUACAGCGCUAGUCAAGUCAAGUGAACUUUAUUGUCAAUUCUUCUAUAUAAUUUUCAUGUUCAAUACAUGUGCAAUUUAACUAAACAAUACACAUAUAGUGCACAACAACACACACACACACACACAC